AUAGCAUAGGGCUGUUUGCGUUUGAUUCGUGUUGGGAGGUUUAUUGCAACAUUGACAUUAGCGUAAUUAUUUAAAGCAGUAAGAGAAUCGAAAUCGUGUUUGAUUCCAACAUGAAGCUGAGACACUGUUGAAUAUCCAUUUCUACGUCAUCGUUUUGCCCCAAAUCCUCUGAAUCCAAAGAAGAAAAUGGCAAGUAGCAGCACCAACGCCCCAAAGGAAAGCGUUGUUGUCGAUUGUGGAAGACGCCGAACCUCUUGCGGCUAUUGUAGAUCUCCUCGUCACAGUAGCAUCUCUCACGGUCCUCUUCUCUCUCUACCUCUGUUCAAAUUUCAAUUUCUUCGUUGAAUUUUUUAUUUUUUAUCAACUGGGUUUUCGGCUCUUUAUUUGAUUUGGUGUGCUUUUCAUUUACCCAUCAAUUUGUUGUGUUUUCUAACAGUUUCCCUUUCCCCCUAAUUGGAGUCGUUAAUUAAGUUGAUAGAAAAAUCUAAUCUUACUACGUGGGCACGUGCUUGUUCAACACUAAACAAUUAAACUUAGGUUUUUAAUUAAAACGCAAAUGCGUAUGAGCCGUCAAAUUGGUUGUAAUUGUACUUGUUAGUUGGUUAAUCAUGCUAUGGCUAUUAGGCUAUGGGUUUUAUUUAUUGUAGUGGUUCAUAUUGUUCAAAGGUCCCUUGUUGGUGGGCUCAUGAGGUUGAUUAAGCCUGCAAAAUCUUAAAUUCCCCUAGCAUUUGGUUUUCGAUAUUUGUUACAUUUUAAAGCAAUGCUAUAUCUUCCGGCAGUAUCAUUUUUCUUAUACGAAUUAAAUGAAAAAGUAUAUGCAUUUAAUUUAUUGGAAAUAUAAAAAAAAUAUUCAGUACUUUUUUCAUCUAUUGAGUAGGAAGAUUAGUAAGAGGAUGUUGUAGGAAGAUUUAGAAUUGUUCGCAAUUUUAUACUUUACCUACGCUAGUGCCGAAAAAGUUAAUUUGGCAAUUCUGUCUAGAGAAUCUGUGUUGUUGAUAUAAGUUUUCUAAUUAUGCAUGUACAUUUGUGUUGUCCGGCUUUGACCAUGCUAAAUGGCUGUAUGGAUUGUGAAUGAAUCAGACGAUGUAUAAUUCACACUCAGACACUUCUGCUAAGUUUGGCAUAUGGGCACAUAGCCUCACAGUGUAUGACUAUCAAGAUCUUCUUGAUCGUGGCUGGAGAAGGUCUGGAUCUUUUCUUUAUAAACCAGAGAUGGAAAGGACGUGUUGCCCUUCAUAUACAAUUCGCUUGAAAGCAAAUGACUUUGUUCCCUCUAAGGAGCAACUUCGUGUAUCUAGACGAAUGCAAAGGUUUUUAGAUGGAACCUUGGAAUUUAAAAGAGUUGAUGUCUCGGAGGACCCAAACACAUCAAAGAAAUCAGAAAGCUUUGUCCAUCAUAACUUUGCUAGACCUAUGUCAGAAGAAUCCCUAGCUGCUGGCAACGAAGAGGAGGAUGAAGUUGAAAAAUCUUUGCACUAUUUAUCAGAUCAAAUUGAUAAUGUAAUACACAUUCUCUCUGAGAAGGGGGAAUUUCCCUCCGGUAUUCAAUUACCAAAAACUUUAGUCAGAAAGGUUACACAGGGAAAAAAGAAGUUACUAGUCAGUGGAUCUGAAGAUCUCUUGUAUAGUAGCAAUAUAGCCUUUCAAAUUGCAGCAUCUAUAAAACGAGCACAAUCUAGUGACCAGUUUGGCAAUGAUUCCAAACCAUCAACAGUUUGUGAAAGGGAGAAUGGAUCAGCUCCAAAAAUUAUUGCAGAAAAGCUAGUAGCAUCUUUAGAUCCAUUGGUGAAAAAUUCUGGUUUGUCUAUCAGGGCUUGCAAUGGACAUAUUAAUUUUUAUGCUCCUAGUAAGCAAGUUUCCCUGAGUGGAAGUGUUCAAAAUACUUCAGUUCCAAAAAAGUCUAGAAGGAAGCAUGAUAUUGGAGGGAAUUGUUUGAUUGGUCCUCAACAUUGUCAGGUAAAAAGGAGGAAGCUUGAGAUUCGUUUAAACAGAUCCAGUUUUGAUCCAGAAGAAUUUGCUUUGUAUAGAAGAUAUCAGCUCAAAGUACAUAAUGAUAAACCACACAAUGUCACAGAGAAUUCAUAUCGCAGGUUUCUGGUUGAUACUCCAUUAUUUUAUGUUUCUCCUACUGGUGAUAGGACAGUCCCUCCUUGUGGUUUUGGUUCUUUCCAUCAACAAUAUCUAAUAGAUGGCCAGUUAGUGGCUGUUGGUGUUAUAGAUAUACUUCCCAAUUGUUUGUCAAGUAAAUAUUUGUUUUGGGAUCCAGACUUUGCCUUUCUAUCACUAGGCAAGUACUCGGCACUUCAAGAAAUAGGUUGGGUGAAAGAAAACCAGGUUUAUUGUCCUAGUCUACAAUACUAUUAUCUUGGCUACUAUAUUCAUUCUUGCAGCAAGAUGAGAUACAAAGCUUCAUAUCGCCCUUCAGAGCUUUUAUGUCCCCUUCGAUAUCAGUGGAUUCCAUUUGACAUUGCAAGGCCUCUGCUUGACAGAAAACCAUAUGCCGUCUUAUCGGAUUCUUCCAUUUUACAAAAUGGAGAGUCAUCCCUACCUCAAGUUACUGACGAUGUAACAGGAAGUCAGUUUGAUGACAUUGGCCAAGAAGAUGCAAAUGAUGUUCCAAUGCUUGAAGAUGAAGAAAUAGUUGAGUCUGACUUGGAAUGCUCUGAUGAGGAACCUGACUUGGAAACUUCUUCAUAUGAUGAACCAGAAAUUGGUGAUGUCAGCGAGGUUUUGGUAGGGCUAAAGGGAUCUCAUGUGAAAUACAAGGAUCUGCUGAGGGUUGUUAGUCCUGAACAACGGAGUUACUUGGAGUCGCAGUUGCGGAGUUACAGGAGGGUUGUGGGUACAAUGUUAUCUGAGCGAAUGGUCUAUUCACUCGAAUAAUUUAAAUCUUAGCAAUUGAAUUUAAUAAGAUGCCACUGCUAAACUCCCAAGAGGGAGCAAAUACGAUCCAUGUAUUUUACAGUUGGAACUGAAUUUGGUCCCUGAUUGUCUAUUGGAUGAUAUUGCCAAUAGCAAUUGUGCGACUCAUCCCCCAAGUUUUUGUUUAAUGGAUAUUUAUAUUUAAAAUGUCUUCUAACUUCUUUGAUAAUCAAAUUUCCCAGGCUUUU